GAGCGCCAGAUGCUUGCAGAGCUUGACGAGAUGCCCACCUUCCCCGACGGUGAGCGCUCGGGCAAAGGCCAGGGCACGGGCCGCUUCACCCAGCGCAAGCGCCAGGAGUUUGCUUCGAUGCGGGACACCAUCACCACCGAGGUGUCAGAGUCGGUUGCCAAGACCAUCACCUCCAAUCACAACACGUUGCUCAAGAUGCUGUCGCCCAUGCAGGGCGAAGUGGCAAAACAAUCCAGUGCCAUCGAGAGCCAGGUUCAAUCGGCGAUUGCACCCAGACUCGACUCGCUCAACAGACGCCUCCAAGCCCAGCUUGACGAGCAGAAGCGCAGCAUCGACGCGCUGGAGGGCAGAGCCGACGAGCAUGACAAGUCCAUCCAGGAUCUUCAGGACCAGCUGGCGGAGCUUCGUCGCCAGAUGGCCAUCGCUGAACAGACUCCCAGGAAGCAGCUGGUUGCUCCCACCUCCUUCGACCGCGAGGAGGACACCACGAUCGUUGUUGCCGUCUCACAGCGACCGACUACCUUGGCGUCAGUGGUCUCAUCGCUACGCCCGUGGCUCGGCGAGAUUGGCUUUGAUGACGAACAGUAUGAAAUCAAGCAGAAGGGUGAGUCCCCGGCCAGGAGGUUCGAGAUCUGCUUCUCGGGCUCGGCCACCAUCGCCUCGCGCCGUGCCAGCAAGGCCACCUCGCUCCUCAAGGGUCCCGACGGCUGGAAAGAGUUCUGGGUCGACCCUCCAGGCGCCGAGCGUUGCCGUUUGCACCUCGGCCCCGACAAGUCACCCAAGCGCAUCAAGACCGAGGUCACCCUCCGCAAGGCCAGGGCGAUCAUCGAGCUGCAGUACCCAGGCAAGCGAUUCUACUCCGACCGCGAGCAUGGCGUCCUCUCCAUUGGGUGGGACAAGAUCAUGCAGGUCAACGUCUUCCAUGGCGACACCCCGCCCAAGCUCUACUGGGACUCUGCGCAGCUUGCCAAGCACGCCAUGGCUAUCGACACGCUCCGCAAU